GCAGCGGGCACGGGGACGGCGCGGCCGCCGCAGCCCGCGCACAACAGCUCACCGCAGGCCUCUCCCUCGACCCUGUGUUUUAAAGCAGGCUGCGCUCCUCUCUGUUCCUCAUCGAUAGUAGAGCAGAGCAGAGCAGAGUCUUCCUCAACCCAUCCUCGCUCCCCUACACCAAUUCGUUCAGCGAUCUUUCGUGCUUGGCCCUCCUGCGCUGCACAUGGCAUCCCCCGCCGCCGCCGGAGCCGCCGGGCGCCGCAUCGUGGUGGCCGUGGACGAGGGCGAGGAGAGCGCGCACGCGCUCGCCUGGUGCCUCGCCAACGUCGUCUCCCCGGCGGGCGGCGACACGCUCGUGCUCGUGCACGCGCGCCGCCCGCGCCCCGUCUACGCCGCCAUGGACAGCGCAGGGUACAUCAUGACCUCGGACGUGCUGGCGAGCGUGGAGCGGCACGCCAGCGCCGUCUCGGCGGCGGCCGUCGACAAGGCCAGGCGCCUCUGCGCCGAGCACCCGCACGUGGCGGUGGAGACGCUGGUGGAGAGCGGGGACCCGCGGGACGUGAUCUGCGACGCCGCCGACAAGGUGGGCGCCGACCUGCUCGUCAUGGGCAGCCAUGGAUACGGCUUCAUCCAGAGGGCGUUCCUGGGCAGUGUCAGCAACCACUGCGCGCAGAACUGCAAAUGCCCGGUCCUCAUCGUCAAGAGGCCCAAGGAGUAGACCGGUCCUUGCAAAUGCUGCAUCUUGCCAGCCUGUAGCAUCAUAUAUGUAAAUAUUUUUUUUAAUCCUCCCAUGGCAACUGGUUUCUUGUUCGAGAACAUGAUCAGAGCACUACAGGUUUUUUUUUUUUGCUGGAAUAAGAGAUUCAGACAGAGUAUUUCGUCAACUAUUGUACAGCAUAUUCUGUUCUCUGAAUCUGAGAGCAAAGUGGUUGGUCGUCUUUGCCAAACCAUGUAGUACUAAUUUAGCCACAUUGCUGUUGGA